AUGGCCGACCAGCAAGCCGGGCGCCGCAUCCAGGCCAUCGGCCAGCAGCUCCAGCCGCCGCCCUCGGGCCUGCCGCCCAUCCGAAGAGUCGCCGCCGGUUCCAGCGCGCCGCGCGCCCAGGGCAAGGUCGUCAUCAUCACGGGCGCCAACUCGCCCCUGGGCAUCGGGCGCGCCUCGGCCCACCAGUUCGCUGAGAGCGGCGCCAGGGCGCUGUACCUGUGUGACUACGACGGCACGCACCUCGAGUCUCACGCGCGCGACAUCACGGCCGCGUUUCCGGGCGUCGAGGUCCAUGCGCGCCGCUUCGAUGCCGCUGACGAGGCCGCGGUCAAGGCCGUCGUUGACGACGCCGUGAGCCGCUAUGGCCGCCUCGAUGUCUUCUUCGCCAACGCGGGCAUCACGGGGCCCAACGUCAUCUUCACCGAUGUCAGCGCCGACGACUUCAUGUCUGUGCUCAAGACCAACACGCUGAGCGUCUUCCUCGCGGCCAAGUACGCCGCCCCUGCCAUGGGCAAGACGUCGGCGGACAAGCCCACGCCGGGCGGCAGCAUCAUCGGCACGGCGUCGGUAGCGGGCAUCCGGUCCAACGCCGGGUCCACGCCGUACUCGGCGUCCAAGGCGGCCGUCGUGUCCCUGGCGCAGACCCUGGCGUACCAGCUGGCUGGCACGGGCGUGCGCGUCAACGCCGUGUGCCCGGGCCUCAUCGAGACGGGCAUGACGGCGCCCGUCUACCAGGCGGCCCGCGCCCGCGGCAGCGAGAAGAAGAUUGGCCAGCUCAACCCGACGAAGCGCGGCGGCCACGCCGAUGAGAUUGCUCGCGUCGCGCUCUUCCUCGGCAGCGACGAGAGCAGCUACGUCAACGGCCAGGCCUGGGCCGUCGACGGCGGCCUGAGUGCGGGUCACCCUUAUGUGCCCGGCCGUCUGGGUUAA